AUGGUUCUCUGCUACAAUUACUCAAUUUGCAAAUCAUCAAUAUUUUAAAGAUUUUGUAGAACUUAUAAAUGCAGAUGAUCAAGCCUCUUUAUUGUGCAGUCCACUCCAUGGAUUAAUUUGUGGAAAUAUGAAUAAGAAGCAAAACGACAAAUUUAGCAGCAAGUUAACACAUGAGUUCAUAAUGAGACUUAUAAACUGUGGUAAAAAUAACGAAGUUUGGGUACAACUAGACGAUCGUGUAGCACGUUUUGGCCUACAAGAAUUUUGUCUCAUAAUUGGAUUGCCAUGUCAUGAACCUACUGUUGGUCUAAAUUUUAGUAAUACUCGACUUAGAGAUGAAUACUUCGAUGGUUCAAAACGAAUAACUAUGAUAAGACUUUCUGAAGUAUUUCAUAUAUGUGAAGAUCGAGAAGAUAAAUUUAAGUUGAGAUUAGUUAUGUUUGUCGAAUGUGUUUUAAAACCAACUGGAAGACACAUCGAUUACAGAACUCUUGGAAUGGUUGAACAGCUUGAUGAAUUUCUUAUGUAUCCAUGGGGACGUAAGGCAUAUUUUGUUCUAUUACAUUCAUUACAAGAAUCACAGCUUGAAAGAAUACGAAGAAUGCAACAAAAUAACCAAGCAAAAUGUAAAUAUUCAUUGCAUGGUUAUCCACUUGUAUUCCAGUAUUGGAUAUACGAAGUUUUUCCUAAAAUUGGACGACAAUUUGGUCACCGUAUCCGUACAAGUUUAAAAUGUCUACGAAUGCAUAAAUGGCAGCCUCAAAUGGUAUUAGCGGAAAAUGUUAUUAAAGAAUUUUUAGUUACUGAAGAGGUAUGUUCAUUUCAGUAUACAAUUAAAUAUAUGUUUUAUUCUUUAUAAAUAAAUUUUAGAGAAUACGUCUGAUAUUUUAUUACAAUAUUACAAUUAUAAAUUACAGUAAUUGCAACGUUAAAUCCUACUGAAGCAGAAUUGGAAAUAUUCUGGUAUACAACUCUUUCACUGCCAAUUGACAACCAACAUUGUACACUAGACAGCAUUGUCAAUGGUGAAUUGGAAAAUACAACAGAACAAAUUCAAGCAUAUAACAUACAUCCACAAGAAACAACUGUACACAAUUCAAAUAGAAUUGAAUCUACUUCUUCCGGUACUUUAGACUAUGUAACUAAACAAGAUAUGGAACAGAUGUUCAAUGUACACAGACAAGAUGUCUUUGGUUUCUACGACAGCUUGAAAACACAGAUGAUUCAAGAAGCAACAAAGCAAAAAGCUCAGUAUCAUACGAUUCUUGAAAAUCAACAAACUCUCUAUCAGACACUUCUUGACAAUCAAAAACAAUUUUUUGAAGUGCAGCAAAAAAAUCAACAGGAACAUUUUCAGGGCAUACAAUCUGGCAUGCAUUCUUAUGUGGAUACCAGUUUCGGUUUACUGAAGUCUUACAUUGAUGAACAAAAUCGAAAUAUGCAGAAUCAGUUAACCAACUGGAAAUCACAUAUGGAAUCAAUUGUAGCCUCUGUACAACAUGAAUUGCCCCCUCCAACAAAUCAAGCUGAAUUUGAAAUGCCUUCAACAUCUGAACAUGCAGAAGACGUCGAAAGAUCAACAAAAGAAAAAAAGGUAAGCAAAAAGAGACACAAUCUCCAUCACCAACGGCAACGAAUACGUUAGAAGAUUAUAAUAUCGACAAAUACAAAAAUAUUAGAGAAUGGAUAUCAGAAAAUCCAUCAGAGUAAGAUAUUAAAUUUAACUUCGUUAACUUAAAUAUUUUAUUUCGCAUUUUACUUAUUUAAUAACAAUUUCAUUUUUUCUUAUAUAGUGCAUACUGGAAAGAUGAAAUCGGC